ACAGGAAUCAUCCAGUGAGCCACCCCCUGUCGCCCAAUUCCCAGCUUCUGCCAGACAGAGGUUAGGGGCACAUCCCUGCCCACCCUGGCUAACAGCCAUUGAUGGACCUGUCCUCCGUGAACUUAUCCAGCACUAGUGACCCUUGCUGGGGUGCAAGAGGAGGGGGAGGCAGGUUACGGUUCAGCAGGAAAGCCCUGGAACUGGGGAGCAUUAACGAGACUGAGACUCUUUAAUCUCUCUCCUCACCCGCUUUGUCCGCCCCUUGUUCCCCCCUCCUCCAGCCUCCCCUCCUGUCCCCGCAGGGUCUCUCACCCUCCGGCUGCUCAAAAUCACUGUCUUCCACAAUGCCAGUUCUACGAACAUGGAGGGGACGGCCCUGCUCGGGGACCUGCGGACCCACUCCAUGGAUUGCAGCACCUGCAAGAUCCGCUUCCUGCAGCCCUGGGCCCACCAGGGCCUCACUCCGAAGCAGUGGCAGGGCCUGGAGACAGUGCUCCAUAACUACGUGUCCAAAUUCAUCCUUCUUAUGAACAAAGUGGUUAAGGAUGAAAAGGAGCACCACCCCUUUGUGAUUCAGGCCUCCAUCGGCUGCGAGCUCCACCCCAACGGCACCUCACGGCAGUUCUGUGAUGCCGCGGAGAACAGGGAGGAUUUCAUCAGCUUCAGUGUGGACGAAGGCUCCUGGGUCGCUCAGCGCGGGGAUAAGCUGGCCCUCAGCUUCCAAGACCUUUUAAACCAGGAUAAGAGCACGACUGCCAUGGCUCAGUUUCUCCUGAGAACAACGUGUGAACUCAAGAGCUUUGUCCAGUACGGGAAAGAGUCUCUGGCAAGGCAAGAGCGGCCGGUCGCCGUGGUGUUUGCCCGAGCGCCUCCCCCAGCCGGGACCCCCACACUGGUGCUGCUGGUUUGCCGGGUCACCGGUUUCUACCCCCGGCCCGUCCGCGUGGCCUGGCUGCAGGACGGGGAGGAGGUGGCGCCGGGCUGGAGGUUGAACUCCAGCGGGAUCCUGCCCAACGCGGACCUGACCUACCAGCUGCGCAGCUCCCUGGCCGUGGGGCCGGGCGACGGGCACAGCUACGCCUGCCGGGUGCAGCAUAGCAGCCUGGGGGGCCAGAGCCUGCUGAUCCCCUGGGGGCACAGCAGGCCCUGGGGUCCUGGCCUGGCCGUGGGCAUCACCCUGGGGGCUCUGGCCGUGGCCGCCGUGGCCGUGGUGCUGUGGUGGAGAAUACGCAGGGGCCACCCGGACGUCAGAGCAGGAGAGCCCAGAGAAUGAGGGGGCGGCACUGGCCCAGGUGUGGGGAUCAGCCCCUCACUUGGGGCCAUGGACCUUCGGGCUGAAUCCGCACCUGGCUCCAGAGCUGAGGCCCCGUCUGAAUCGGGGCCCUGGGUUGGGGAUGGGAUUCUCCUCCCCCUGGGACGUUUGGGACACUUGGGAUCCCGGAUCCGCAUGGAGCCAGAGCUGCCCUGUGCCAUUCAGAAUGCCCUGGCAGGGCGUUGGGGCUGAGCGGGGAUGCCUGGGAAGCAAGCGGAUUGGCGACCCACAGGGAGCCCUGAGAACACUACGGGACGCUGGGGAGGCUGCUCCAACUCGCUGGCUGGGCUGAGAGCUCCUGGGGGCAGGGCCCAUCUCCAGAGCUGGGUGUGAGGGACCUCGGGUAGGUUCUGUCAGUUUGUUCUGUGUCUGGGCAGCACCGAGCACUCAGGGGUCCUGGGCACGACCGGGCUCCUCGGCCCUGCGGUAAUCCAGUGCAACCCUCUGCCAGUCUGAGCUGGCAGCCACAAGGGCCGGUUCAGUAUCCAGGGGUUCCCUUUCAACGCAGAACUGGCUCCAGCCCCCACCCAGUGACCUGGGAGUAGGGGGCAGGGGCGGCUCUAGGCACCAGCAAAGCAAGCACCUGCUUGGGGCAGCCCGUUUGCAGGGGCGGCAGGGAUCCAGCCUGGGAGCUGAGAACCAACAGGGGCCCCUGGGAGCUAGUUCCUUGGUGAGCUCCCUGCCUAGAGAGCCAGCCCUGGAGCAGGGAAAGAACUACAUUUCCCAGCAUUCCCUUGGCCACUACCAACUGGAAAGGAAGGGGGGGAGACCUCAUGCGGCAGCUGUGAGUGGAGAGCUGCACUGUGAAG